GCACUGAAGUGAUCAGUGCUGAAGUGCAUGCUGAACUUUCUGCUGCCCAUAGGAAAGUGGGACCAAGAGAACAAAACGGAUAUUCACAAGUCAACCAUCGGUUUCUCUUCGUGUUAUCUCACAAGGACUCAACAGCAGACGGAUUUCUUUCUUUUUUGGUAAAUGAAGUCCCACCAAGUGUGGGACGGAGAAGCGACUGCGGCCUUGCUGUAGAAGAAACGCUUCAAACUUGUGCGAAUAUAAUCCUCAGUGGCUUCACAAGUGACGGACUUUGAUUUUCCCAGCGGCGUGUUUGGAGUCUUGCUGGGUUGGCAGAAAUGGGAACGAGGAUACGUGCCCAUAAACUCACUCUUUUUAUCAUCCCUUUGAUAUUUACAUCGCAUCUGUUUAAUGUAGUUCAGAGCUCUAAAGUGUGGGAUGAGGUGCCCUUUCCAGAGGACUUAGAAGAGGAAAACAAGCGGCCGGGAGGUUAUGUGGAUGAUGAAGAGUACUAUGAUCCUUCAGGAGAUAUCAGUGGAGAAGAGGAUGGAAGCACCCCCGAGCCAAGCCCAGUUGAGCCAGGCAUGCCUAUAACAAUUUACUAUCGGGCGCUGGUGAACUUCACAAACUCCUUCCAGUAUGGGCCUGAACUUGAUGACAUCUACACUCCUGCUUUUGUAGAGAUAUCAUCUGCUGUCGUCGAUACGCUUGAGUCUGACUACAACAGGAUACCAGGACAGCAGACCGUCAAUGUGGUUCUCAUUAAGAAAAUCGGCAAAGAUGUGUUUGUGGAGCUGGAUGUCGGCUCAGAUAAUAAUUCUAAUGAAACACAGAUCAGAGAUGUCCUGUUCUCAGUGGUUAAAGAGGGCACAAUUGCCUCCUACGAUACCUCAGUAAUAGGUUUCCAAUUCAGACGGCUUGGAGAAGCUGAUACUCCCCCUCCUGUGGAGCCCAUCGUUGUGCCAGUGAUUCCCGUUCCCAGAGAAUGCUUGUCUGGCGACUUCAGAUGUCAGGAUGGGCUGGCGUGUAUCCCUCGGGAGUAUGUGUGUGACAAACGGCCUGACUGCAAUGACUUCAGUGAUGAAAUGAACUGUGCUGUUGUUCCUGUGCGCCCUACUCCACCUACACCUCCUAAAACCAGACCCCCACCUGGCCCGGGACCCUGCCGUGCAGACCAGGCCACCUGUCAGAAUGGACAGUGUAUCUCACGGGACUAUGUUUGUGAUGGCGAAACGGACUGUGCUGACGGCAGCGAUGAGUUCAAUUGUGGAACUCCAUCUCCCUGUGAACCCAAUGAGUUUAAGUGUCAGAACGGCCGUUGUGCCCUGAAACUGUGGCGUUGUGAUGGGGAUAAUGACUGUCAAGACAACUCAGAUGAGAUGAACUGCCCCACUAAAGGUCCAGGGGACACAUGUGCCCCGGAGCAGUUUGUGUGUUUGUCUGACCGCACAUGCAUUCCUGCCAGUUACCAGUGUGACGAGGAGCCGGACUGUGCCGACCGCUCUGAUGAAUACGGUUGUGCACCUCCCACUGUGACCGUCCCGCCGGAAGAGUCCAUCACGGCAGCGCGGGGCGACACUGUAACCUUUACUUGUUCUGCCAUUGGUGUACCUGUUCCCAUCAUCACAUGGCGUCUUAAUUGGGGACACAUACCAACCAGUAGCAGAAUCACAAUGGCCAAUGAGAAUGGGCGAGGAACGAUCACCAUCCGCGACGUGAAGGAAGGUGACCAGGGUGCAUACACCUGCGAGGCCAUCAACGCUAAAGGCCUUGUGUUUGCCAUUCCUGAUGGGGUCCUCAGCCUAUCUCAGAGACCAAACCCAGUUGUGUCAUCCUCUCUGUACGUGUUAGCAGGUAACUGCCGUGAUGGACAUUUUAGCGUGGGCGAUCACUGCAUGCCAUGCUUCUGUUUUGGCAUCACAAAGCACUGUCAGAGCACCGGUCGCUACCGCAGCCAAAUCACACUGCGCUUCACAGAGGACGAGGACUUCAAAGGAGUCAAUGUGUCAUUUCCUAGUCGUCCAGGCACCCAACCACCUCUCUCCUCCACUCAGAUGUUGAUCAAUCCAGAGAGUGAGGAGUUCCAGCUAGUGGAUCUGUCUCGCCGUUUCCUCGAUCAAGACUCCUAUUGGACUCUGCCUCGCCAGUUCCUGGGCAACAAGGUUGACUUGUAUGGAGGUUAUCUGAAUUUUAAGGUGAGUUACUCACUGCAGCGAGGUGGAUCGGAAUUAAAGGAGAAACCUGAUGUUGUGCUGAGCGGCAACGGGCAGAAAUUUAUUUACCGUAGAGGCGACCCCACUUUACCUGACACAAUCAACCAUAGACAGAUCAAGUUUACAGAGGAAAACUGGCAGCACUCCUCAGGACGAGCCGCAACUCGUGAUGACCUCAUGAUGACCUUGGCCAAUUUGGAGAGCAUCCACAUUCGCACCAUUUAUGACAACCGCAUGGCCAGUGUGGGCCUGAGUGACAUCAGCAUGGAGACCACCACCAAAGAGUUCACACAGCAAGGGAACCCGCGAAACGUGGAGGAGUGCAGAUGUCCUACUGGGUAUUCAGGCCUGUCUUGUGAGUCCUGCUCCCCUGGUUUCGAGCGGGUACCUGGACCCUACCUGGGCAUCUGUGCUGGCUGCAACUGCAAUGGUCAUGCCAGUGCCUGUGACCUUAUUAGUGGACACUGCCUGAGUUGUCAGCAUAACACAGAAGGACCUCAGUGUGACAAAUGCAAACCUGGCUACUUUGGUCACCCAAGUCGAGGAAGAUAUGAUGACUGCAAACCCUGUCCUUGUCCAUACACAGAGACGUCUCGACGGUUUUCUGAUACUUGCUUCCUGGACCAUGACAACCAGGCAACAUGUGACGCCUGCAGACCUGGUUAUACAGGGCGACGUUGUGAGAAAUGUGCUCCAGGAUAUGUCGGCAACCCUCUUCAGCCCAACGGCCAAUGUAUCCCUGCUGCUAGCCCGAUUACCAAGUGUGAUAACAGAGGAACCAUCAAUCCCAUCAGCAAACCAUGCUAUUGCAAGGCCAAUGUGGUUGGUGCUCUUUGCGAUGAGUGUAAGAAUGGCGCUUUUAAUUUGGCGGCUGAUAAUCCUGAAGGUUGCUUGCAGUGUUUCUGUAUGGGAGUGACUAAACAGUGUGCCAGUUCAACCUGGAGCAGAGAUCAGGUUCGAGGUGGUGUCAAUGGCCAGCUCUUCACACUUUCCAAUGCAGCAAAUACUAGGACCAUCUCUGAGGGCAUCACUCAGAGAGCCAGUGCAGAGGUGGUCUACCGAUCCUUCACCAGUAUCCCUAAUGACAUCUACUACUGGGUCCUGCCUCAGAGUUUUGGAGGGGACAAGGUCACAGCAUAUGGUGGAGAACUGCAGUACAGGAUGCAUUAUGAGCUGCAAGCUCGUUCACUAGUGCUUGAUGGACAACCAAAUGUGGUUCUCCAAGGCAACGGCAUCUUCCUGGAACAUUAUUCUCAGACCAGAACAUUUGCUGGAAAACCAGCCACCAUCACUGUGCCUUUUAGAGAGUCUGCAUGGAGACGGUCGGAUGGACAGCCAUGUACUAGAGAGCACCUGCUGAUGGCUUUGGCCGAUAUCAGCGUCUUUAUGAUCAGAGCCACUUAUGCAUACAAUAUGGCUGAGAGCAGUAUCUCCAAUAUACAAAUGGACAUUGCAGUGCCCCACUCUACAGGAAACGAAAGGGCUCUGGAGGUGGAGGAGUGUGCCUGCCCUCAAGGAUACACAGGACCUUCUUGCCAGGACUGUAAUGUUGGCUACACCCGUACACCUGGACUUUAUCUUGGCACCUGUGAGAAGUGUGACUGCCACGGGCAUGCCAGCGGCUGUGAGUCAGAGACUGGAGAUUGCCUGAAUUGCCUGCAUAACACAGUUGGGCGCCGUUGUGAAAAUUGCCUCCCUGGUUUCUAUGGAAAUCCAAAGACUGGUGAGCCACAGGCAUGUAGACCCUGUCCUUGUCUAGGACACUCCAGUAGCAAGCCUUCAUCUUGUUACUUGGACUCAGAUGGCCAGACCACAUGUGAAUGUCCUGCUGGUUAUACUGGAAGACGCUGUGAAAGAUGUGCCCCAGGAUAUACUGGCAAUCCCCAACUUGGACAAAGAUGCACUCCAGACAGCGGUAAUGGUGAUUGUUACCGCUGUGACCAAAGUGGUAGCGAAGGAUGUAGUUCAAAUGGAAUCUGUCGCUGCAAGAUGAACGUUGAGGGGUCAACAUGUUCCACUUGCAAGCAAGGGACCUUCUACCUCAGUCCUGCUAACAAAGAUGGCUGUCUGUCCUGCUUCUGCAUGGGCGUCACCCAGCAGUGCUCCAGCUCCAGAUAUUAUAGAGAUGUGGCUUCCACCGUUUUCGCCCCUGGCAACUACCAAGGUUUUGCUCUUGUAAACCGCCAGCGCACCAACCGCAUUGACAGUGACUUCUCCAUAGAGCUGUCCACAGAUGGAACACAACUCUCCUACACUAACUUUAACUAUCUUGGACAGGAGCCCCACUAUUGGCAGUUACCCAACGCCUAUCAGGGAGACAAGGUUGGCGCAUAUGGUGGAAAGCUGAAAUAUACCAUCUCCUAUGUGCCAGGACCCCGAGGUUCUCCAAUAGAAGAUGCUGAUGUUCAGAUUAUUGGUAAUGACAUCACGCUGGUGGCACGCCAACCAUGGAGAAGAGGGCAUGGAGCCCAAGAGUCACAGGACUUUGAGAUUGUUUUCAGAGAGGAACACUGGCAGCGUCCUGAUGGCAUGCUGGCAACCCGGGAACACCUGAUGAUGGUGCUCGCGGACCUCGAUGACAUCUUGAUCCGUGCCUCGUAUCACACAGAGAUGCGCUCAUCCAGUAUUUCGGGGGUCCGCAUGGAUAUCGCUGUGCCUGAGUACACUGGCCUGGCCCAGGCUUUGGAGGUGGAGCAGUGCCAGUGUCCUCCUGGUUACCGUGGUCUGUCCUGCCAGGACUGCACUCCUGGAUACACUCGCACAGGAGGAGGCUUGUACCUUGGCCACUGUGAGCCAUGUGACUGUAACGGCCACUCGGACUCCUGUCACCCAGAGACUGGCAUUUGCACAAACUGCCAACACAACACCAAGGGUGAGCUGUGUGAACAGUGUACUGACGGCUUCUUUGGAGAUCCAACUGCUGGAACCCCUGAGGACUGCCAAGCAUGUGCCUGCCCCGGCACUGACCCCGACAAUCAGUUCUCUCGUACCUGUGAAAGUCUGGGUAACGGAGGCUACCAGUGCACUGCCUGUCAGCCCGGCUACACCGGCCAGUAUUGUGAACGCUGUGCGCCUGGAUAUGUUGGAAAUCCACAAGCGAGAAUCCCCUGCCGUAGUGUUGCUGCGUCUCUAGUGGUGAAGGUGUAUCCAGAAAGGGUUCAGGUGGCACGGGGGCUUCCAGUUACUCUCAGGUGCCAGGUGUCUGGAUAUCCACCACACUAUUUCCACUGGUCCCGUGAGGAUGGACGCCCAAUCUCCAGCACAGCAGAGAGACGCAGACAAGGAGAGGAGUUGCAUUUUCCCAGUGUGCAGCCCAGUGAUGCUGGCGUCUACAUCUGCACCUGCCGAGACCAGCGCAGCUCCAAUAGAAGCAAAGCAGAAAUUGUUGUUACAACCUUACCAUCCAAACCUAUUGAAGUCUUUAUCGAGGAGCCCAAACGACAGAAUGUGGCGGUGGGAUCUACAGUGAGCUUCAUCUGCACUGCCAAAAGCAAGCUGCCAGCGUACACCCUGGUUUGGACCCGCAAAGGCAACGGCAAGCUGCCUAACCGGGCCAUGGAUUUCAAUGGAAUCCUGACCAUUCAUAACGUGCAGCCUGAGGACACAGGCAUCUAUGUUUGCACGGGCUCCAAUAUGCUUGGCAUGGAUGAGGGCACAGCCAGACUCUAUGUCCCAGAGGCUACUCAGUCACAGAUGUUUUACACAGCCUAUGAGAUGUUUGAAGGACAUAGAAAGCCUACUGAAGGGGCCCAGCCGGUGGCCACAGUAAAUCCACCUGUGCUGACAGUCCAACAGGGCCAGCGGGCAGAGUUCCGCUGCACAGUGACCGGCAACCCCACCCCUGCUGUGGAAUGGAUAGGAGGUCCUGGGAAACGGAUCAGUUCAAAAGCUGUCAUUCGUAAUGGGCUGCUGAUCAUCCCAUCUGUGGAUCACUCGGAUGAGGGCGAGUACAUCUGCAAGGCUCUGAACACACAUGGCGAGCACACAGCCCGAGGAGUUCUUCAUGUUCAAAGUACAAGUCAACCUCACGGUCUACCCCAUGUACAAGUGAGCCCUCCGCGGGUGGAAAUUCACGAGGGUGAGACUUUGCGGUUGUACUGCAGGGCCGUUGGCAGUCCCACUCCUGCCCUCACAUGGAAGAAGAGAGGUGGUUCACUGCCGCCACAGGCAAUUCCUUCUCAUGGUUUCCAUCAGUUUAAAAGCAACAGUCUCGAUGUGUUACAGAGACGUAUUGAGGAGCUACAGGCCCGCAUGGAGCGCACUGACAUCGGCACUCUCCUCGUACCCAAUAUCAGGUCGUCUGAUGCAGGCACAUAUCUCUGUGUUGGAACUAACACUGUUGGUUCCUCAGAAGCUCAUGUUGAGGUCUUUGUAAAAAGAGGAGAAAUCAUCCCCUCUGGAGUCACCAUCCAGCCCUCUAUUGCUUCUGUAAUGGAGGGAGAGACUCUAGAUCUUAAUUGCAUCAUCCCAGGAACCUCUCCAGCAUCUGUCAAAUGGAACAGGGCAGGCGGCCUGCUGUCAUCCAAUCAUCAGGUUUUGGGAGCUCAGCUGCGGAUCCUGCAGGCCUCUGCAGAUGACACUGGAGAAUAUAUCUGUCAGGUGGAGGACGGCCCAUUCCCCCGUCAGGCUUCUGUAUCUGUGUCUGUGACGUCCAGCUCCUCCCGUCUCCAGAGCCCCAUUAUCUCCAUUGAGCCACACAGCGCAGCAGUGAAGCAGGGCGAGUCAGCGAGCUUCAGGUGCAGGGUCCACAGCAGAGCCCAGCUGGUGCGCUUAGAGUGGAAACCCACCAACAACCUGCCUCUGCCAGAUAACGUGAAGUUUGGUCCUGACAAUUCACUCAUGACUAUUACCAAUGCCCAAGCCAAAAACCAGGGCACCUAUCGCUGUGUGGCCAGCAACCUGUUCGGAAUGACCCACAGCAUAGCUUCACUCAUCGUGAGAGAAUCUCCUAAGGCUGUAGUGACCCCUGCAGGAUCGGUGCGAAUCAGGGUCGGCGAUCCCAUCAAUCUCGAAUGCCAGGCCGCUGGAGAGCCAAGACCCUCUGUCAGAUGGCACAGACUAGACAACAACCGCAGAACGAUUCUGAGCAGCCCCGUGCCUGUCGAUUCCAGUGCUAUCAUGCAGAUCUUAGUUGCACGGCCGGAAGACAGUGGCACGUAUGUGUGCACUGUACAGAACAACCAGGGCACAACUGAAACUCGAGUAGAGGUGUUUGUUGAAGGAGGGCCUCAGGUGCCCACUGUUCCCCGUGCCAGCGUACGUGAGCCUAUGAUAGUUGUGGUAGAGGGAUCAACCGCAACACUUCAUUGCGACGCCCAUGGAUUCCCAAAGCCCACCAUCACGUGGUCUAAAGAACGGUCUUCUCUGCCUUGGAGACACAAGAUUGUUGACAACAGCCUGGUCUUACCUAAUGUGGGCCGUCAGGACUCUGGUCAAUAUGUCUGCAAUGCAACCAACCACAUGGGCACAAGUGAAGUCACCAUCAUGCUGGAAGUAGACUCCCCACCCUAUGCCACUUCCUUGCCCGAUGACGUGUCCGUGCGAGUGGGUGAAGUAAUCCGCCUGCAGUGCCUGGCCCGUGGCACCCCACCCCUGCGUUUUGAGUGGACUAAGGUCAAUGGCAGCUUGCCUCCUACUGCUCAGCAGCAAGGAGGAGACCUCCAGAUCAACCUGGCCAAGGAGAGCGAUGCUGGGACUUACAAGUGUGUGGCCAGCAACAAGGUUGGCAAGAGUGAAGCGCUGGCCAGAGUCUCUGUCCGAUCACCCCUGUCAGUGAAAGUGUCCCCACAGGUAGAAGUGAAGGCUCUGGGCAGCGCUGUGGAGUUUACCUGUGCUGCUAAAGGAGGGUCUCACGUUGAGAUUGAAUGGCUGAAGGAGGGGGGAGUUCUUCCACCAAAUCAUCACAUUAAAGACGGAGUGCUCAGAAUUGAGAACCUUGAGCAAAGCAAUGAGGGAAUCUACACCUGCAGAGCUACAAGUCUGUUUGGACAGGCUCAGGACAGUGGCAAACUCACCAUUCAAGCUCUACCCAAAGUGAUGAUCAAUGUGCGCACAUCAGUACAGACGGUGAUGGUGGGCAACUCAGUGGAGUUUGAGUGCCAUGCGAUCGGUGAUCCUGAGCCCACGGUGCGCUGGAGUAAAGUGGGAGGCUCUCUUCCCGAUCAUGUGGAAAUAAGGGGGAACAUCCUGAGGAUUGAUCAUGUGGUCGAAUCAGAUUCAGGACAGUACCGCUGCACAGCCACUAAUAAUGUUGGCUCGGAGUAUAACCAGGUGGUCCUUAAUAUCCAGUCCUUGCCUCAGAUUUCUGCACAGCCUGAGUCAAAGGACGUAACUGUUGGCUCUGAUGCGGUCUUGCCUUGCAUUGCAUCUGGAUACCCAGUCCCAACCAUCACAUGGUCAAAGGUGGAGAAUGAGUUGCCCCCUAAGUGCAGCCAGGAUGGCCAUGUCCUGACAGUCCCUGGUGUCACACACACAGAUGCAGGAACGUACGCGUGUACGGCUGCUAAUAAGCAAGGAAAAGUCGAGGCCUUCACCAGACUCGUUGUUCAUGAGAGAAUGAUGCCCUAUUUUACCCAGGAGCCACUCUCAUACCUCACACUCCACACUAUCAGAAACGCCUACCAUGCAUUCAGCAUCAAAAUUACCUUCAGGCCGGAUAAUGUUGAUGGGCUCAUUUUGUAUGCCGGUAUGAUUCUCUAUAAUGGACAAAAGAAGACCACCGGUGCUGACUUCUUAUCUUUUGGAUUGGUGGGGGGCCGUCCUGAAUUCAGGUUUGAUGUAGGCUCUGGUAUGGCAACUAUUCGUUACCCUACUUCCAUUAAACUGGGCGAGUUUCACACAGUGAAGCUGUAUAGGAAUGAGACUCAGGGCUCUCUUGUUGUGGAUGGAGAAGCUCCUAUAAAUGGAACCUCACAGGGAAAAUUCAAGGGUCUGGAUCUGAAUGAGGAUCUUUUUGUGGGCGGUUAUCCAAACUACAGCAUGCUUGCUAAAACUGCAGGCCUCGAGACAGGGUUUGUCGGCUGUAUCAAGCAGCUGAUUAUCCAAGGUGAAGAGAUCAUUUUCAAAGACCUUGAUAAAAGUUCCACCGGAGUUUCGAAUUGUCCCACUUGCAAGGAUCGCCCAUGUCAGAAUGGUGGCGUAUGUGAGGACUCUGCCGCCAGUCUCUACAAAUGCAGUUGCCCAAGAGGAUUCGCAGGGAGCAACUGUCAGCAUCACUCUUCCUUGCACUGUCACACAGAAGCCUGUGGACCAGAUGCCACCUGUAUUAACCGACCCAGUGGUUUGGGCUACGAUUGCCGAUGUCACUUGGGCAAGUCUGGAAACAAGUGCAUGGAUGGUACUCUGGUAACAACUCCAUUGUUUGAUGGCGACGAGUCUUAUAUUGCGUAUCCUCCUCUUACUAAUAUUCAUAACGACCUCCGGAUUGAGAUGGAGUUCAAGCCCAUGGAUUCAGAUGGGCUGAUGUUCUUCAGCGGAGGCAAAAAGAUGAAAGUGGAGGACUUUGUGAUGUUAUCCAUGGUGGAUGGACAUGUCGAGUUCCGAUAUGAACUUGGAACAGGUCAAGCUGUUCUGCGCAGUCAGGAGCCCGUGUCUCUGGGUCAGUGGCAUCGCGUGGUGGCGGAGCGGCUCAAUAAGGACGGCUCCUUGAAGGUGGACCACACACGAGAAAUCACAAGAUCGUCUCCAGGCAAGGCCCAGGGCCUUAAUAUCCACACACCCAUGUAUCUGGGAGGAGUGCCCAGCAUGGACAUCUUGCCCAAACCUGCCAAUGUUAGCAUGCUGUUUGAUGGAUGCAUAGGAGAGGUCUUCAUCAAUGGAAAGAAGUUGGAUAUAUCAUACAGCUUCACUGAAAGCAGAGCCAUCAGCCAGUGUAAAGAUGUCAGCCCAUGUGACCGCAGGCCUUGUCUGCACAGAGGCACCUGUAUGGCCAGUGCUGAGUACGAGUACCAGUGCCUCUGCGCUGAAGGAUACGAGGGUGACCGUUGUGAAAUAGUAAGGGAGAGCUGUCGAGACUCCUCUCAGUGUCAGAACGGUGGCAGCUGUGUGAAUAACCACUGUGUGUGUCCCGCCGGCUACACAGGCCGGCACUGUGAGAAAGGGCAGGAGUCCAGCUUCACCGAGGCGCUGUGGAAUUUGGAGGGUAAUGGGGGAAAUGACUCUCCUAUUGAAUAUUCUGCAUAUUUCCAUGAUAAUGGAUAUCUGGCCCUUCCAACGCCCAUGUUCCCACGAAGUGCUCCUGACUCUCCAGAGACCAUUGAGUUAGAGAUCAACACUGUCUCUAAAGACGGCCUCAUCAUGUGGCAGGGAGUGGAGCCUGCAGGCGCUCUAAGCCUCCGUAAGAAGCAUGCUAGUAUAAAGGAACUGGGAGGUCAAGGAAAGGGGAAGGACUUCAUAAGUCUUGGUUUACAAAAUGGACAUCUUGUGUUUAGUUACCAGCUGGGCAGUGGAGAGGCUCAGAUUCUCUCCAGAGAGCCAGUCAAUGAUGGACAGUGGCACAUGAUCACUGCAGUCCGAACGGGUAAGCAGGGCUACCUCCAGAUCGAUGGAGGAUCUGUCCAACGUGGACAAUCACAAGGCAAAAGCAUCAUGGUGAACACCAAGGGCAACAUAUACCUGGGUGGAGCUCCAGACAUGAAAGCAUUGACCGGUGGGAAGUACUCAUCAGGUAUCACAGGCUGCAUGAAGAAUCUCUCUCUGAUGAACGCUCGACUAGGAGAACAGCCAGCGCGACCUAUCGACCUGCAGGUCCACGCAGAGGAGGGCAUCAACGUGGAGCGCUGCUUAACAUAGACGCAGUACUAAAACACUAGCAGAGACUACAGAAAAAGACCCCUCAUCCACAUUCACACUGAGACGCUUACAGGACAAACUACAGUCACACUUUAAGAGACAUACUGACACGUGUUUCUUGGUGCUUCACCGCAACCGAAAAAAACACACAAGAAAGGAUUCUUUGCUCUGUGCUGCGUUAAACCAAAAAACGAGAAAGAAAAAGUUAUGAUAUUAACAAGUCUUCAAUUUUUCAGUGUUUUAUGCUCAAUGAAGGACUUAUUAACACAGAAGCUCAGUUUACAUACUCCGAACAGUAGGUUUAUAACCAUGAGAAAAAGAUGACGAAAAAGGUUUAAAAAUAAACGUGAUGAGCCUUCUACGGUGGGUCAGAUCCUAUGGAAUCGGAGAUGUUUUUACAGCACUGAAUUUUAUUUAUAAGCAUAUUAAUCUAUAUAUAUUAUAUUUGUGGGGGGAAAUGCAAGCUAACAAUAACCUGCUCAUUUGUUUUCCUAGCAGUGAUUCUAGGCUCUAAUAAUGCGUGUCUGAGGUUUAGUGCCCGAGCUGUGUUAAUACUUGAAGACUGUGCUGCCUUUUAUUCUGUUUGAGGGCCAGUGGGGGCGAGCAUGCUUAGAUA